GAGAUUUGAGGGUGUUGUAUAAAGCAGGUGAGGCAUUUGCAUUUGAGCCAGCGUCCAACAGUAUUGUCUAAGUCAUUCGCAUGGCAGUUGGGACUCUUAGAUCUCUUUUAGCUCCAAUAUCAAAAUUCUCCAACUCUAUUCAUCUUCGGCACUUCUCCGCAAAACUGAAUUCCCAAAUUCAGUAUCCUCUCGACUUCAAGAAAAAAUCCCUCCAAAGAAAUCUUAUACCCAUUUCUAGUCUUCUCAAGAGGUAUGGGUUUCCACUAUCUGAACUCCAUCAUUUCCUUGCCAAUAAUCCCUCUUUGCUGAAUUCUGACCCCUCUGAAAUUGGAAAAUCCCUUCAAAUUCUGUUUUCUCUGGGCCGCUCCCAACAAUUUCUUACUUCCCUGGUUGCUACUUGCCCUAGGGUGUUAGACUAUGAGUAUAUGAAGAAAUGGGAAAAGGUAAUGUCUGGAAUUCAGGAUUUUAAUCUUUCUGUAUCGGCUAUUAAGAAUGUUCUGCAAGUUUGUUUGAAGUUUGAACUAUACCCAGAUGAUGUUUUGGCGUGUUUGAAGUGUUUGCGGGGUUUAGGGUUUAGUGAGGGUACAGUCAUUAGGGUUUUAGAAGAAUUCCCUCAAGUGGUAAUGACUAGUCCUGAUAGAAUUCAGGGUAAAGUUGAAUUCUUGAUGAGUGGUAUUGGCAUUGAAAGGACUGAGGUUGAUUGUGUUGUUGGGUCAUACCCAGGUGUAUUAGCAUUUGGAAUUGAGAACAGGCUUAAGCCAUUGCUCAAUGAAUUUAAAAGUCUUGGUUUUGGCUUGGAUAUAGUUAGGAGGGAGGUUACGAGAGAUCCGAGAAUUCUUGGGUUAGAAGUUGGGGAACUUUCUCAUUGCUUGAAACUACUAAGGAGUUUGAAAUGUAGAGUCCCGGUUAAGGAGGAGAUUUUUCGAGAUGGAGCAUUCAGGGCCGGGUAUCGAGUGAAGUUGAGAGUUGAUUGCCUGCACAAACACGGUUUAACAUAUAGAGAUGCUUACGGUGUGUUAUGGAAAGAGCCACGAGCAAUUUUGUACGAGAUAGGGGAAAUUGAGAGGAAAAUUCAGUUUUUGGGGCAGACAAUGAGAUUUGAUAUCGAGUCCCUAGUCGAUGUUCCAGAAUACUUGGGGGUGAAUUUUGAGAAACAGGUUGUUCCCAGAUUUAAGGUCAUUGAGUAUUUGAGAACGAAAGGCGGGCUUGGUGACGAGGUGGGGUUGAGGGCCUUGAUUAAACCUAGUAGAUUGAAAUUUUACAAUCUCUAUGUCAAGCCUUAUCCAGAGUGUGAAAGUAUGUAUGGGAGACUUGCAGGAGAUGUUCGAGUCAAAGUUGGACAUCCAACCGGGAUGUGGAAGCUUUUCAAACCACCACAGUAUCAACAGUCCAAAGAAGAUAUUAUGAACAUCAAAUCUUAUAUGGAGUCACUAGCAUAGUAACAUGAGUUCUAUUCUCAAUGCUUUCUCGUGAUGCAGAUGGAAACUACUGUGUUCUUGGGGCUAAUUGUCCUUAAAGUAUACUUCCUAUCCUUUCUGUUGGCAGUUCUCUAUUGCCCUACUCUUGAAUAACGAAUAUGUGUUUCUGCUUCAAUCUACGUAUUCAAUUGUCAGAUUGGGUUUGGCUGUGGUGGACUAAAAGCAUAAAAUUUUAUAUGAAGAGCCGAAACCGGAGUCUGUUUGCUGUUUUCAGAACCUAUUCACAUGAUUAUACGAUCCUACUUGUGUAGGCCUGGAGGUGUAGUUUUUAAACUAAAUACGAAGAAUCAGAGGCCUAGCAUUUCAAUAUAUAUGAGCCUUGAGUAAGCACACAAGACAAGAGGAAUGCCGCCACAACAUCUACAGGUGUUCUUUUUUAUCUUAAAAUAGAUAGACCAGAAAAUAGGAAUCUGUCUCGUCUUGAGUUGAGGCAUGUUGGUGGAAAACUAGACAGAGUGAGAAAGAAGAGUAUGCAAGAGGGAUGAUUGAUUGGUUUAGGGUGCGUUUGGGAGAGCGGCUGAAGUAAUUGCCAAUAACAAGAGCUAGAAUAUGGUGCUUCCUUAACCGUCUUUGGGUGCCUGCAACUGCCUCCUCACGAGUGCUGUAUAAAUGCCAUCAUCCUUGCUGAGAAGCUCAUCGUGACUGCCACUCUCAACUAUUUGCCCUUCACAGACCACUGCUACAGUGUUUGCAGUUUUGACGGUUGAAAGCCUAUGAGCUAUCACAAGUACUGUCCUCCCUUCCAUUAGAGAGUCCAUGGCAUCCUGCAACCACUCUGAGAUUAUUAGAAUGGGGAUCUCCGAGAACAUAUGAAUCUGUACUUUGUGGAGAAUAUACCUGUACAAGAAAUUCACUUUCAGCAUCAAGUGCGCUUGUGGCCUCGUCCAGAAGUAGAGCCCUUGGAUUCAUGAGUAGAGCUCUCGCAAUUGCUAUUCUCUGUUUCUGACCACCAGAAAGCCUUAAUCCACGUCCACCCACACUCGUUUGGUAUUUGUCAGGAAAAUUUGAUAUGAACUCGUGGGCAUUUGCCAUCUUCUGCUUUCAACAUAGAAAAAGUGAAAGUAUAUCUACGGGAGAGUAUGAAUGAAUGAAUGGGGUUUAAACUUACAGCUGCAAUUUCUAUAUCACUCAUGCUUGCUUUGCCACCCAAGCCAAAGGCAAUAUUCUCUUCAAUGGAACAAUUGAAAAGAACUGGUUCCUGGCUCACUAUGCUGACCUGCACUUUCCAACUGGCAUUUAUGGAAAACUCAAAGAAAGCAGACAUAGUACUCUUCAUGGAAAGAUCAUAGUACCAUAAUUUUACCUUUUGGUGUAAAUGUUGAUGAGAGAUUUCUACCAAAGGAACCCCAUUCAGCAAGAUCUUUCCUCUGACGGGAUCAUAAAACCUUUGAAUCAAGUUCGCUAUUGUAGUCUGCAGCAAAAGAAAUGUGUUGCAUCCUCUACACAGACAGGAAUGGCAGCGAAACACAAAUUUUGAAUGGUGUGAGAAAUUACCUUGCCACCACCACUUGGACCAACCAGGGCAACCUUUGAGCCAGGUUGCAGUUUCAGCGUAAUACCCUAAAACCAUAGAAUGUUUGUACUCCAGUGAGCAAAAUCUGUUUCCAGAACAAGGAUAUGAUGCCUAAAGAGGAAUGGUUAUUCGUUAUUACCUUGAGGACCAUAUGGUUGGGACGCGAUGGAUAGGCAAACCAGACAUCAUCUAAUUCUACAUCUGCAUCUUCGUCUCUGUAACAUACAACAAUCCACUGAACAUCAUGUGUGGAAGGAUUUGGUUUUCAAGACUCACUUUUCAACUGCUUCUAAAGGAAAGAACACCCAAGAAUCGGCCUCAGAAGCCCUACAACUCACCCCAAAGGACAUCUGUUUCCCGAUUUUGGCAUAGAUGAGGCGUGAUCCAAGAGCUGGAAAACUCGCCUACUUGCCCCUGCAGCUUUCAUCGCCACAGUGUAUGAUCCAGAUAGCCCGGACACUGAAGAUUGAACUGCAAAAGGGGGCAAGGAAAGUUAUAUCAUGUAUAGAUAACAAAAGGUUGAAUUUAAUCAUGCUUUUUUGGUGUAUUUACCAUGUUAACUUCAUUACACAUAUUGAGCUGAAGAAAAAACCAAGAACUUCUCACCUGUUAGGCUAUAAAGAAUGAAAGAUGUCAGAGCCCCA